AUGAUUCUAAACGGAGCAUUUGAAAAAGUAUAUCCUGAUUUGACUGAGAGCAUUUGCAACAUUGAAAGUGAUUUUGAAACUAUAUUGAGCAGUGAUAAACCCAUCGAUGAGCCGAAUAGAUCAUAUCAACAGUUUUCAAUAUUGUUUAUUAUUCUAUAUUUGUGUCGAGGAGAAAAGAAUGAAGCGGGAAAAGUAAUUGAUGAGUUUAUUACUGAACAAACGCUAAGAAAUGGUAUAGAAGUGAAUGGCCGAAAAUACUCUCCUAUUUUGAAGUUGGGGGACAAGGAAAUCAAUGGAAAGCCGAUUGGGAAAGGAUUUAAGAUUCGUUAUGCUUUUGAUUACAAGGCAGCAAUCAAAGAAUUAAAGAGUAAUAGAUAUCGAAUGAUAUUCAUUACUUGUUCUCCUGGAGAUGGAAUCAUGGCCAAGGAGUGUGAUGAUGAUGUAGAUCAAUAUGCGGAUGCUUUUGUGAGUUGUGUUCAUGAAUUCAAUAAGAGAGGAGGCGGUGUUUACUGGUUCCUUAAUAACUACCCAUUCACUUAUGAAGCUGAUUUGUAUUUCAAGAAAUUCUAUGGAUUCGAAGCAGUUGGAGAUAGAGACAAAACCAUCAAUGGAGGAAAAGUGAUGGAAAGGUUAGAAUGCGAAUCUCCAACAGCAGGUCAUUUUUGUACGAUUGGAGGAAAUGCGACAGAUCUUUCUACUUGUGAUAGUUUAGAUUUUGGUAUUGAGCAUAUUUUUGAAGGAACUAAACUUUGCAAACUGAAUGAAGGUCAGUUAGAAAAGGCAGGAUUCCGUAUUUUUGCAAGAGAAAGCGAGGGAAAUGCCUCAAUUAUGUUCAAAGAAAGGAAGGAGGGUAGUCAAGAAGGAAGAAUGAUCAUUGAUUCAGCUGCCACCAAACUGUUUUUGGAGUUUACCGAAGAUGGAACAGCACGAUGGAUCAGUAAUGCUGCAGUUUGGUUGUGUAACGCGGAAGAGUAUGAGGAAGAACGAGCGAAGAAUCCCAAGAUGCUUUCUGGCUUCAAAAUAGAUGAAACGUUUUUACUGAAAAAGAUGCCAAUGGAAAAAAGAGAAUUAAAGAGAUAUUCGAAAAUAUCGUAG